AUGGCAUCUGCAUCUGCAUCUGCUGGGUACAUUUGCUACGUUAAAGGUCUUGGUGAGAGCAGUAGUCAUAGAUCUGUUGAGGUGGCCUUCGAUCAGUUUGGGGACAUCGUUGAUAUAAAGUUGGAGCUCGAUACUAAGAAUCCUAAAACUAAAAUCGACAUGUUCCACGCAUUCGUCACUUACAAGGAUGAGAAAUCCGUUGAUGAUGCCGUUGAAGUCAUGAACGGACUAGACCUCGAUGGUUGGCCCAUGACCGUGACCAAGCAUGAUCCCCGUGAUGGCGGUGCUCACUGA